GAAUACGAACUAGUAGAAGUAGACUAGACAUUAGACAAGUGUGCGAGUGAGAGGAUAAGUAGCUGCGAAGUUCUUGGGAUCGAUCGUAAUUAUCCUCGAUCUCCGUUAAAUUGUCGUGUUUUGUGUCUUUCGAAUCAUUAAUUCAAAUCAGUGCCUCCCCCGUUAAGUAUCGGACAGCCUUCUAAAUCAUUUUUUCACUCUCACGUCCCAUCGAAUCUGGAUGUUUACCCUGUGCUAGCUACCAUUUCAUCACCUUGGCUGGUAAGGUAUUUGCAAGUCAUUAAAUAAUGGAGAUGUCGAUGCCCGUCACACUAAUCGUCAAGGCCCCCAAUCAGCAGAUUGAAGACCAGACUAUUAAGUGCGAGCUUGACUGGUCUAUCAAGCGUCUUAAAGGUUAUCUGUCUGAAGUGUACCCUAGCAAACCAAAAACAGAAGACCAGAAAUUAAUUUACCUUGGCCAGUUGUUGAAUGAUGCAAACACGCUGAAGGAUGUUCUUCGGACGUAUGAUGAAGGGCAAGAAAACCACACUGUUCAUCUAGUCUGCGCACCCCCUAAAGAUAGUUUUAAAAGCUCUAAACCAGUUACAAAACCAAACCAAAGAACACGGGAAACGACCAAUACAAGCACUACUUCUUCACCAGGCGAAGUACCUACUGAACCCAGUGGAGCAAAUGUGAGGCAAAGACAGCAUGCAACCACUUCAACUCCUGGGCCAAAUAUUCAGACACCUGUAGGUUUCAACAUGAUUGAUCCAAGAAGGAAUAUGGCGAAUAUGCGUGAUCUGAACAACUACGCCUUUGUUGUAACGCAACAAGCAGCUGUGAUGCAGCAGAUGUACGCUCAGUACAUGACUCAGUAUUUCCAAAUGAAUGGUAUGAGCCCCCCCAAUUUUCAGUAUCCCGGUAUGAUGUAUCCUUUCCAAGUCCCAAAUGGUGCCCAACAACCAGUUAGAAAUGAGCCUGUCAUCCCAGCACCUCAGCCAGCUGAUGGAGAAGAAGAAGGUGGGCAGAACAAUCGGGACUGGUUGGAAUGGCUGUACAAAUCGAGUCGCCUAAUGAUACUAUUCUGUAUUGUUUACUAUUAUUCUUCGCCUCUGCGGUUAUUCUUGGUCUCCACCCUCGGGCUUUUGCUGUAUCUGUAUCAGAUUGGAUUCUUCAGGCAGAUCGUCCUAGAAAAUAAUAAUGAACCAGGUGUUGCACCGCCCCCUGAUCCACCGGCUGAUGGCGAUCGGUCUGAAGAAAGUCCGGCUGAGGUGCGGCCCCCUCGGCCUACGCUCCUUACAAUGACUUGGACCAUAGUCUCGAGUUUUUUCCUGUCUCUAAUCCCGGAGCAUCCAAAUAUGCUGUAGUCCGCUCAUGUUUGACAAGCAUGUACAUUUUGUAUUCUACUUUGGAAAUAACCUUUUCCUACACCGCAUACAUCUUCUCUCACGGGCUGUUCUCUUUUGUGACAAUCAAAACUAACCUCAGUUCAUCAAACAAAAUAUGAAGUUGAAUAAUUUUCAAGUUAUUCUCAUCCUUCCGGCAAAUUUUAUUCAAAUUUUGCAUGAACAGUCCAUUUGGUAGAUACAUUCGCUGAGAAGGUAGAUGUCAUUUUUAAUCUGCCAUAGAUAGUUUCUAUCAAGUGCCCAAUUAGAAAUGUCAUUCUUAAUAAAAGGACUGUCAAAGGAGGAAGAACAAAAAUGCGAUGCUUGAAGGUAUCUUCAAAAACUUAGAAUUUUGUAUUUUUUUCUCUGUUUUGUCGUAAAUGAACAUAUAGAUCUCUCUGUGUUUGGAUGGAGAAAAAUAUCACCGACACUGUUGAGAUAAUAAGCACUUGUAUGAUAAAUAUCACUAUUAAUAUCAGAAUUCUCAUCAAUAGGAGCCCAGAUGUGUCUUCAAAAGCUCGCCAGCUCCAUUGCCUGACCUCUCCAACUUGUUAAACUCUAUGCCCACCAACUUGUUUUUUACUAAAAUCAUAUAAAUUGUUUAGGCAAACUCUCAUCUAAUUUCAACGUAGAAGUACAUACUUUAAGCUUGGCAAAUUUGACUUUGCUCUGGUAAUUCUGUACCUUUUUCAUUGUUUUAAAAUCUUACUUGUAAUCAUGACAAAGUGCUUUUAGUGAGCCCAGCAGUCAAAUUUUUUUCAUCAUCAGUAUCUGAAUGCGUAUGCUAAAACCAGUUCGAGUUGUAGAGAGGAUCUGUUAUUGAUGAAUAUUGUGUCCCAGGGGAACGCUUUGUUAUUAAUUCCAUUUUGCACAUCAAAAUUUUAUAGACCAUUAAUUCAAUAUAAGUGCAUGACCCGCAAAUCUCACUCUCAUCUUCACUCUGACGUCCUUUUUUCACCCAUGAGAAGUUGCCGAUAAGAUGUUGUUGAUUCUGUACACCACGCAGGUGGUGUGUGGCUUAUUCAUUAUUUUUAGCAAGUUGGCAUCAUGACUGUCAAAUGAUAUGAGGAUGUCACAGAAUGUUUAAUUCAUAUCUCAAUCAUGCAUGUGUUAGCGACAGUUAAUAACUGUGAUACCAAUAGCUAAAUUGUCGUUACAUAAAUCACCUGGAUAGUUAAAUAAAAUUCUUGCCAAGAUAGAGAAAUAUUCACUCAUGUAAACAGUCCAGAAGAAUUGCAAAUAUUUGCCAUAAGAAGAAAGUUUCAAAAGUGAGUGGCUGGCUCAACCAAACAGUUUUUCUCUUUUAAAUAUACAUACCAGAUUUAGAAGGUUUUAGAUUUUAUGUUUAAAAGCAAUCAGAGACCAUUAUUUGAUCCUUCAAUCGUUCUUUUUUGUCUCGAAAAUGUUAUUCUUGUUACAAUGUUUCUGAAGGGAUUUUAAUAACUAAAAGCUGUAUCCAGACAAGCGCUAUCUCAGCAAGAUGCUAUUCAUAGGGAUACUCCGAUGAUUUGUUUUGAAACUGAUAGGAAAUACUUAAGUUUCAAAAUGUAGUUCAAGAAUCAAUAUAAAUGUAAGUGCCGAAGUGCACGGUCUAAAUUUUAGAAUACUGUAUCAAGGUGAGUCACAUAAACAAAUAUUUUAAGCAAAACUCAUAAAAAAUUUGUUAUAAAAAAGUUUGUGUGGUCCCAAAAGGUAAUAUAGCAGGGAUUUAAACAAUUAAACCUUUCAAUCGCUACGUAAAAUGUUAUAACAAGAGUUGACUUCAAUAAUUAUUAAAGUUAAACUGCAGGUUCUUAAUACACAGCUAUCAAUACAUAUGGAUAAAUUUGUAUUAUGAUGAUAUUACUCCAAGAAAUAUCUUGCAAAUUCCUAACAAUAUUAAAAAGCCAAUAAGUAGAUCUAAGUUUUUCCUGAAUUUUCAGUUCAUUUUUUGAAGAAUUCAAUUGAUUUUCAGAUAGCUUCAGUCUGCCUUUUUCUACAAAUUAAAUUGAUACUUCAACUCUUGUCACAUUGUAAAAUCAGCUCAUCAAUUAGCUGCAUAGUUAAAAAUUAAGAAUGGGAGUGUAACAACUAGCAAGCUAGGAGUGUUGAUCAUCAUAGCCAAGCAUUUUCAUAAGUCUAAGCUUAAUUUCCUAUUUGCUUCUUGAUUAUAUCUUUUUUAUAAUCCCUGUUAAAGUGUACCUUUUGUAUACUGAUAGCUAAACUCAGAAAUCAAGUUUCUCGAUUGUCAUGUACCCAAAUUCCUGCUCUUACUUUAUUUUUUCAAGAGGUAAUGUGACUCCUUACUUCGUCGCAAUUUUCACUGAUCUUUAGAAGAAAUAUCACCGAAACUUCCAAAGAGGUACAUUGAUUCAUUUUUUCCAAUUCCAAAAGAGGUAUGACACAGAGUCUGCAGUGUUGCAAACAGAGAAAUGUGGUUUCGGAGUUUAGCCAUCGAUACUCUUUGUUAAUGAUUUGUUUGUAGGUUACAUCUACAUGUGAGCCACAUCCCCCCUUUUUUUAGCACCCCCAUUUUUAGUUGGUACGACCAUUAUAAAUUAAGUAUCAAGGGCCCCAACCCUCCCUCAUAGCUUUAAAGCUCAUUGUUAUCAGUGUAUAUUUAUUUGUAAAUAAAUUAUAUUUUAAUUUUGUUGACAAA